GAGUUGACGUGUUUUGCCAGCUGACAACGACAGCAUGUUCACAGCGGAGCUAGCUAGCCAUGUAAACAAUCAUUCUGCAACUCACAGGCACCGGAGUCUGUCUAUUGAUGUGAUUUGAAUGUAACUGAAGGAGUGGGACGGUUGUUUGAUUUUUGUUGUUUUAUGUCGCCCCCCUUCCCGAAAUUGAAAUAUUUGUGGUGUCAAUACCAUGUACUGUAGGUGGCGGCAAUACACCAAGGUGUAUGUAUAGUCUGUCAAUACAACUUUGAAGAAGAAGAAUCAUUCCGCAAAUGCGGCAGUAUUUAUACUUGAAUGACGUGCACUUUGCAGCAGUGAAGGGGUCCACAGCAACUUUGAUGCAACUGUGAACAACAACAUCAUCAUCAUGGCUUCGAGCUUCGCCCCACCGAAACUGGCUAAUUUCAUUCUCACAGAGAGGCUGGGCAGUGGCACCUAUGCGACAGUUUACAAAGCCUACAGAAAGACUACUGGAUCUGUGUGUGCAGGGGGACAACCGGGAGGUGGUGGCAGUAAAGGUGGUUGGGAAGAAGACUCUGAACAAGGUGUCUAUGGAGAACCUGCUGACUGAGAUAGAGAUCCUGAAAACUGUUCGCCACCCUCACAUUGUUCAGCUGAAGGACUUUCAGUGGGACAGUGAAAACAUCUAUCUGAUCCUGGAGUGGUGUUCUGGUGGGGACCUGUCCCGUUUCAUCCACAGUAGGCGCUUGCUACCUGAGAGGGUGGCUCGGCUCUUCCUGCAGCAGAUAGCCUGCGCUCUUCAGUUUCUCCAUAAUCAUAACAUCUCCCAUCUGGACCUGAAACCCCAGAACAUUCUGCUCAAUGGUUCUGUCCUUAAACUAGCAGAUUUUGGCUUUGCGAGUUACAUGUCUCCGUGGGAUGAGCAGAGUGCUCUGAGGGGCUCUCCUCUCUACAUGGCCCCUGAGAUGGUGUGUCGACGGCAGUAUGACUCCAGGGUCGACCUCUGGUCUGUGGGAGUCAUCCUGUAUGAGACACUAUUUGGCCGGGCACCAUUUGCCUCCAGAUCCUAUGCUGAACUGGAGGAGAAGAUCCGCAGUGACAAGCCCAUCGAGCUGCCUGCAGGGGCCAGAGUGUCCAGGAACUGCAGGGACUUACUGCUGCGGCUGCUGGACAGGGACCCUGACACCCGCCUCACCUUCACUCAGUUCUUCUCCCACCCCUGGGUGGACCUCGAGCACAUGCCCAAUGCAGAGAGCCUGGGGAAAGCGAAGGAUCUGGUCCUGAAAGCUGUUCAGAAGGACCAGGAGGGGGAUAGAUCAGCUGCUCUGUCUCUGUACUGCAGCUCACUAGAGCACUUUGUCCCCGCCAUUCACUAUGAGACAGACAGACUGCGUAAAGAUGCCCUUAGGCAAAAGGUUAGUCAGUACGUGUCCAGGGCAGAGGAGCUGAAAGCUCUGGUGUCUGCAGACAACAGCCUCUGCUUUGAGCAGUUCAAGUCCACCAGAGACAUCCUGAGAGAGAUGUCCCGUGACCAACCACGGGUGCUGGCUGCUCUGGAGCUGGCAUCUACAGCCAUCGCCAUGGAGGAGAAUGGGAUAGAGGACCAUGAUACACUGGCUCUGUACCAGCAGAGUCUGGGAGAACUACUGCUAGUCCUGGCAGAAUGCCUUGCUGCUGGAGAACUGGUCCCCUCCUCAGGCAGGCUAAUUGAAGAAAGGCUGCUUCAGUUUCAAGGGUUCCCCCUGAGCCUCAGUGGGCUAUCACAACCAAACUGGCUCGCUGAAGCCCAGGGGCGCCGGAGAGAGUUGCUCCACGGUGAGAUCAAGAGCCUAAUGACCAGAGCUGAAUACCUCAAAGAACAGAUGAAGAUGCUAGAGACCCAAAAAGACGUGUCAAUGGAUAGAGAGCCUCUAUCAGAAUCUGUGAGAAGUUCAUGCUGUGUGCAGUGAGCCAGCCUGGCAGUAGGAACCAGAGAGAGGGGCCAUCGUGCCUGCGGAGCACCAGACCUCCUGCACCUCUACGGGUCAGGCUAAGGAAUUCCUCAGGCCUCUGAGACCAUGGCCUCAGUAGUCUCGCAUCACCGUACUCGGAAGUCUCAAUCAUCGCGCGGCUGUUGUUUCCCAACAAACAUGAGAAAGCCUGGAAAUGGAGGCUAUGGCGUCAGAGACAAUCUACCCUGUUAUUACUCUGCCUGGACUUCAACUAGCAGCUUGUCAGCCUUGCAUCCCCCUCACCAACACAACACAGAAGACUGUCACAGUCUCGAGUCACUGCUUCAGCCUCAAAGCCCUCCUGCCUAAGCAUUCAUAUGGAAAGGCUGGACAGCUUGUAUGCUAAUACUGUACUGUCAUGAUAAAUUAGUGCUGUAUCAUGUUGUUGUGUUAUGUUGCAGGAUGAAUAAGGGUAAUAAUGAGCCUCAAAUGCUUGUAGUUGCAAAACAGAUGGCGACUCAGAAUGGCUACCCAGCAUAGCAAGUUUGUCGUUUGUAACUGAAGCGAGUUAUCGAAAUGUAUCAUGAAUAUUUGGGAAAGCCCUUCUGUCGCCCCACACACACGCACACACACACACAAAGGAAAUCCCUUUUCUUUGGCCUGACCACAGCCUCACCACGCUCCCCCUGCUGAUGGAGCAGCCUCUACCACUAUGAGAGGAAAACUGGAGAGGUGCGGCUGCUGCCUUAUUUACUCUGUAGACUUUCAUUUACUUUUGGGUUGGCACCGGUCAGGAUGAAGGCAUACAGUAGCAGCUGUGAAGUCAAGGCGUGCGUCACAACUCAGCCUGCUUUAGUAGCCUGCCAAAAGGUUGGACAUUUGGUGACAGGUUAACCCUUAUUACUGUUGUGGCUCUUUUCCUUUCUGUUUGUUUUCAGUGAGCAAGGUUGUGUGCAUGAAUCUACUUUCAACGGAACUUUUAGUAUUUGUGAAUAUGCUGUAUCAUAGGAGGCUAUGUGCUGUCUGUAAUCAGGAAAUGGAAUGGUGUAACUGAAAAGGAAGAAAUGUGUGUCGAAUUGAGAACUGACAAUUGUGUAUUGUUUUUGUUGAAAUAUUUUGUAUGGGUAUGAUUUUAUAAAUUAUUUAUUACCUUAAAAGGCUGAUUCAAUUUAAUUAAAAUGGCUAUGUAAUGUGUUGUCAUGGCCUGUAUUCAUUGUGUUUUGAGAUAAAGCCCAAGAUUGAGUAAAUUAAAAUAGAGUGCCUUUGGAAAGUA